AUGACCUCCGAUGCUGAAGCUUACAAACAACUCGCUCUGAAUCUUAUGGAGAUGCUGGUCAACACUCAAGCAGUGAUCUGUGUGACGGCGGAGAAACCUCUCGCAGCCGAAGAUCAUGAAAUCGUCAACAAAUUCAUGGACAUUCAUGAUAAAUGGGGGAUCGUUGAGAAGUUGGCGAACAUCCAUUUGGCAGAUCCAGACCAGCAGAGAGGUCUUAUUGAGAACUUGGUCCCGCAGUUCGAGGAGACCAAGGAGGAGACUCUUGAGAAGCUCAGAGACCUUUUGAAGGAUCAUGAAGAAGCAAAGGAGAAGGUUGAAAAAUUGAACAAAUUGCUAGAAGAAAAAGAAGGAGUUAUUAAGUUGCUGGGAGAGGCCAGCGCCAAGCUAGGCGAAAAAGCUGAAAAGGCUGAAAAAGAGCAAGGAAAUUUGCAGGGCGCCCUUGAGCACAUGCAAAUGAAGGUGGAUGUUAAGCAAAGUGCGAUCAAAUGUGUUGAGCGGGUUGUGAAGAGAAUGGAAGAGCAAUUGAAGAAGGAGAAACAGGAGAAACAGGAGAUCACCCACCAACUAUCCGAUGUCCUCAUUUGCCUUUCCCAGAGAGAUCAGGAAAUUCUUGAGUUGAAGAAACAAAACGAGGAGAUCAAGACUCUCCGUGAAGACGUCAAAAAUCUGAAAAAGGAGAUGCAGAAUCAGAAAUUAAAGUUCGAGAGCGACACUGACUAUUUAUUGAAUUUAAGUAACCAUGAAGCCAAAUAUUUGGAAAAUCAAGUCAAGAACUUGGAGGCGGAAGUUCGGAAGCUUAGGGAGUCAAGUGCUGUGAAGAAGGAUUAUGAUUUCUGUGAUGACAUCGAUGAGCCAGUGGAACGCUCGGAGCACAAUAAGGAGAUGAGCUUCCAAGAGCUCCGGAAGAAAGUGAUGGACGAAAUUGAGGCUGAGAUGAAGCACAAAAACAUUGUCGCGUGGGCCAAUAACUGGAAGGGAGCUGUUAUGAGAAUUAAGAAGUUGGAAGAUGUUAUGUUGUUCUAA